AUGCCAUAUAACCUCAAGGGGAAAAAUGUCCUCGUCACGGGGGGCUCAAGGGGCUUGGGCGCCGUGAUAUGCCAGAAAUUCGCAGCUGAGGGGUGCAAUGUAGCCAUUAACUAUCACUCAAGCCGUGUGGUUGCGGAAGACCUUGCUAGUCGAUUAGCUAAAGAGUACUCCAUCAAGUCCAUUGUUCUCCAAGGGGACGCUGAACUCCCAGAGGACAAUCAACGUAUUGUCCAAGAGGCUAAUGAGCAAUUAUCGGGCUUGGAUAUUGUUAUUGCAAAUGCUGGGUGGACUCGCUUCGCCAACCAACGGGACAUUUACGACUUAUCUUUCGAGGAAUGGGACAAGGCAAGUUACAGACUGGCUGUCCUUGUUCGUGAUGCUAACUGUAUGCAGGGCUGGAGAGUGAAUGUGAUGUCGCAUUUACAACUCAUGCAAGCGGCUAAGCCGAUAUUCGAGAAGAAUGCGGAUGGAGGUGUUUAUAUAAUGACCUCAUCGAUCGCAGGCAUCACUACAGACGGAAGUAGCAUGGGCUACUCGGUGAGCAAGGCUGCUGCUUUGCAUCUCAUGAAGCACCUUGCGCUGUCCGUGGGACCAAAAAUCCGUGUCAAUGCUGUUCUACCGGGACUGAUGUUGACCGAGUGGGGUAAAAAGUUUGGCGAUUCGGCGAUUGAGUGGCUCAAUGAAAAGGCCAUAUUGAAGCAGGAGACCGACCUGGAGGAUUGCGCGAAUAUGUUUGUCACUUUGGCAAAGAAUACGUCCAUUACUGGACAGCAGAUUGUCAUUGAUUCGGGACUCGCCAUGGGAAGGGCCUCCCCGAGCAAAUAG